AUGCCGCACUCCUUUUACCACGCCCAAGACAUGGACGACUCUCUUUCUCCUUUGGACCUUCCCAGCGCUUUUGGCUUUUUUGAAGCCGAUUUCGAUAACGAAAUAGCAGCACAUAUGUUCAACGAAUAUAUCAACGAGGAAUGCCUCGAUGAGGAUUAUGGGAUGAACUUUUCGGAUUGGCCAGGGCAAUGCUUGCCUAACUCGUUUUCUAGAUGGGACCCGUCGCCAGCUGCAUCGACACCUUCCAUUCAACCAACUUUCAUGACCAACGAUACUUUCAUGCUCAUCCAUUCUCCCAUGAUCAUCAAUCGUCCUAUGGCUAUCGAUGCUCCCGUGGCCAACGAUACUUCCUCCACCGAAAGCUCCAACGCUACCCCUUCAUUAUCAAGUUACGAACCAAAGUCCUCUCCCAUGACACCGCCGACUCGGUCUCCACGGACUCCAAAAGACAAACCUGGCCCUGGCUCUACCCCCCCAGCGAUCGUCACAGACCCUUCUACAGCAUUUCCAGAAUUGGCUGCAGAGCUAGUCCCGAUCACAUACAACAUGCCAAUGUACCACCACAUGUACGGAAGGCCUUUAUAUCAGCAUAUGUCACCACAAUUCAUACCAGCAGGACCUGCCAACGCCCCCAACUGCAUGCCUAUGCCUCAAAACUACCCGGCACACGUGAUGACUGUUUCAUUCGGUCCCAUGGGUCCUAUUUUUCGGAGAUACCCUACAUAUCAAGCGGGUGCCACGCCUUUGCCCCAGUAUGCACUUCCUCCCGGUUUUCAACCUGCAGUUCAGCCUGAAUUCCAGCCUGAAGAUCACAAUACACCCCAACCUGAGCCACUUUCGAACGAACGGGCCUUUGAGUUCGUGGAACCCACGGUUCCCGGCAAUGCCUUCGCCGCCAACCCUGACAACCAUGGCCGCUUUGAAUACGACCACGCUGGCAACCGCAAGUACUUGAAUGCUCCGAAAGCCAAGCGCCCGUGCGUAAACUAA